GCAAUCAGAAUGGAGGCUCCGGUGUGUCUGAUUGAAAACCUUAAGGAUGGUACGCUCCAGGUCAAACCUGAGGCAGCAAGCAUCCUGUCCAGAUAGAUCAGCCAGUGGUGGUGGUGGGAAUUGUAGGAAUGUACCGCACAGGGAAGUCCUACCUGAUGAACAAGCUGGCCAAAGCUCAUAGAGGUUUUGCACUGGGGGCCACGGUGCAGUCAAAGACAAAAGGUAUCUGGAUGUGGUGUGUCCCCCAUCCCACGAAGGAGAACCAUACACUGGUUUUGUUGGAUACAGAGGGUCUGGGUGAUGUGGAGAAGGUGAGU